GUCAUUUUUGGGUUGGCGCCGCCAGGCGUGGACAUCUGGAUGCGGCUGGUUCGUAGCGUGCUUCUCGCAGCAUCGUCGAUAAUUAUAGCGCCGGCCCAGGAAUGCCAAUCUCCCGCGCGGCUGAGUAUCGAGGACAGCAUCAUUUGCAACAGGCAAUGCCUGCGCGGUCGCCACUCAUGACCGAUUCUCUGCUUGCACAAUGCACCUGUCUUGGUCAAACCAUCAUAAUUACCACAUAUCAGGUUCCGUCAACACACGUAUCGCUCGCCCUGGCUGGUGGAAGCCCCCACGUCGGACUGUGCGUGCCUGGCUACAGGAUGGCCCGGCACGCUUCGCAGAGUGUAUGCAGGCACACAACCUCGUCGUUCCUGAGCAUGGUUGCUAGCCAGAUAUGCCUGCGCGGCCUUGCAGGAUGCCCAGAUAUCGAGGCAGCUUGGCUUUAGCAUUGGGAUGGGGCAGGG